AUGGAACUCGCCAGCAUUGAUACUAAGUCAUUCCCAGUUCAGAAACACCAACGAUAUUUUGAACGACAUCUCUUGAUUCUUCCUUCCAAGUAUCAAGACAAUGAGCCUAACAAACUUGCAAUAGUGGCAUAUUCAUUGAUAGGAUUAAGCAUUCUGGGCGUUGAUACGUCAAAGAAGUACCAGAACAGCAAAUCAUGGCUUUUGAAGCAUCAAAGAAGUAUAUUGAGCGGUGAAUUGUCAGUUUCCGGCUUCAUACCUAGCCUUUCGAUUGACAUUGAAGAAUGUCCAUCGUUGAGUCUAAUGAGUACUUUGUUCGGCCUUUGGGGCCUGAUAUGUCUUGAGGAAAAUGGAUCCAAUGCGUUUGAAGGAUUGGACCUUGAGGGAAUACGUCGGUUUGUUUCAAAAUGCCAGUGUAAAAACGGUUCUUUCGUUUCGAGCUUCGAUACCUUAGCUUUUAACGAAAUUUCCCGAUCGUCAAUUGAUCCAACGGAUCUCAGAUAUGCGUACGCUGCUGUAACGAUCCUGUAUCUCUUAGGGUGUCGCAACUCGGAAGAUUUUGAUUGCUAUAUCUCUGUGGAAGACCUUUUGACCUUUAUAAAAGGGCAGAUGUGUGGAAGUGGAUUUGGCCAAUACGGUGAAGCCCAUGCAGGGCUAACUUCUUGUGCGCUUUCUAUCCUAGAUUUGUUAGACGAUCAAUGGAGCAUACUGCCGUCCCAAUUCCUCGAGCAAACCAUAGAGUGGUUGCUACAUCGCCAGGUCUCAAGUCAGGGCAGUAUGACGUUAAUGACUGAUAGUAAUGAAUGCUACGAUAUCGAUGAUCACGGUGGGUUUCAGGGCAGGGAAAACAAAUUUGCAGAUACAUGCUAUUGCUUCUGGUGCUUAAAUUCCUUGAGUAUCCUCCAGAAACAAACCAAGUCGAAACUUGAUUGUAGCGAUGCCCUCGUAGAUUACUUAUUAGAGACGACACAGAGCAAACUAUUGGGAGGUUUUGCCAAGAACAGCGAGAGCGAUCCUGAUCUUUACCAUAGCUGCCUAGGAUUGGCAGCUCUUGCUAUGAACUCAGAAGAAUUUAACGGUACACUGUUUUUGCCAGAUAGCCUCUCCCGGCGUAUCAAGGUGAAAGAAUAG